AUGACAGUCUCACCGCCAGCAUCACCGACUGGUGCACCCCCGCGACCCAUCAGCGCCGUCAUGCGCACGCCGCGCAGUAACAGUCGCUUGAGCAUGAGCAGCAGGCAGGGAGGCAGUCGUGCCUCGGACGACGAGGGCAAAACUGCAGUCAAAGUCGCUGUCCGUGUACGACCUCCUCUGAAACCAACAGACCCCGGUUACGAAUUAAUCCCCCAGCGAUUCCAACGUUCGAUGGUCCAUGUCACCGCGCCGACUAGUCUCGCCGUCGAUGUUCCCCAGGGACGCAAGCUGUUCGUCUUCGACCGCGUGUUCCCCGAGACCAUUGAGCAGGAGGGUGUGUGGGAGUACGUCAGUGACAGUGUCAACUCUUUUAUUCAGGGCUACAAUGUCUCCAUCAUGGCAUAUGGCCAAUCCGGCGCUGGAAAGUCGUUCACAAUGGGUACCUCGGGCCCCGGUGAACAGAAUAACAUGCAGGACAUGGUGCGUGUCAUUUCAGGAAUUAUCCCUCGUGCAGCGCAGGCCUUGUUCGAUAAAUUGGACGGCCCCUCAAAACACAACCGGAAUGGCUCCAACUCGACUACGGGCCUCCGCACACCGCAACGAUAUUCGAUGAGUUCCGCUUCCAACUUUGGAAAGCCAGCCCAGGAAAAGACCUGGCAGCUAAAGGCUACAUACGUGGAGAUCUAUAACGAGCAUUUGAGAGAUUUGCUGCUCCCAGAGUCCACCGUCGCCAAUGACCGCAGCAACGUCACAAUUCGGGAAGACACCAAGGGCCGCAUUAUUCUGACUGGCCUACACCAAGUGAAUAUUAAUUCUUUCGAUGAUCUAAUUGGUGCCUUGAACUUCGGCUCGACCAUCCGUCAAACAGAUUCCACCGCCAUCAACGCCAAAUCCUCUCGGUCGCACGCCGUCUUCAGUUUAAACCUCAUCCAGCGCAAACCCUCGGCUGGCCAAACAACCUCCAGCCCCGCCAGGGAGAAGCGCAUGUCUAUGCCAGUCGACUCGUUCUCGGGUGAUUCGGUUAGCGUUGACAGCAAGCUCCACUUCGUGGAUUUGGCAGGCAGCGAACGGCUCAAGAACACAGGUGCCUCUGGCGAACGCGCCAAGGAGGGUAUUUCCAUUAAUGCUGGUCUAGCAGCUCUUGGAAAGGUCAUUUCUCAACUUUCCUCGCGCCAACAGGGUUCCCACGUUUCUUACCGUGAUUCCAAGCUCACUCGACUGCUUCAGGAUUCACUGGGCGGAAACGCCUAUACUUAUAUGAUUGCCUGUGUGACACCGGCCGAGUUUCACUUGAGCGAGACUUUGAACACUGUUUCAUACGCUCAGCGUGCCAGAGCCAUCCAGAGCAAGCCCCGCAUCCAGCAUAUUGCCGAUGACGGUGAUAAACAGGCUGUCAUCGACCGCCUCAAGGCUGAGGUGGCUUUCUUGCGCCAACAGGUUCGCAACGCCGAAGCAUCUGACCGACGGGAUGGAUCCUCCCCCGAGCGAAGUGCACGCAAGAAUGAACGUGAGAAGCAUCUACAGAACCAACUGUUGGAUGUCCAGGAGAGUUAUAACUCCUUGAGCCAACGACACGCCAAACUCAUUUCGACCAUGGCCACUGACUCGCACGAUACGAACGAGACGGACGAAGCUGCCUCGGAAAUCGGCAAGAGCUCAGUUGAGAGAAUGCAGCGUUCCAAGUCAUUUGCUGAAUCUGUGGAGCAAAUGGUUUUGGAGUACGAGAAGACCAUUCAAAGCUUGGAAUCUUCCUUGUCCGAUACCCGUAUUUCUCUUUCUACCACUGAAAGCGAUCUUCUCGAGCGUGAGACUAAAUGUGCCUACGUCGAGGCCGUUCGCGAGCAGCUGCAGUCUCGUGUCCAAAAGCUGCUAGAUCGCGAGGCUAGCACUGAGACCUAUCUCAAUGAGCUGGAAUCCAAGCUUGAUGGCCAGUCUACAGGCGAGGAGCAACAUGCUGCUAUUGUGGCUGAGUUGCGCAAGGAGCUCAGCCGGGCCCGCGACAGUGAAGUUAGCUGUGAAGAGUAUAUAUCCACGCUCGAAGAGCGACUUGCGGAAGGUGACCAGGACAUGGAACUGAUGCAGCGCGAAGUAUUGAGAUUGGAGCAUGUAAUCGAACGCCAACGCGGCAUUGGAAAGCUGGAUAACCUGCUCCACGAACUAGAUCAUUACCAUGAGGCUGACAGCCAUGCUGCCCCCAAUGGCGUUGAUCACCCUCAGAUGUCUCAUUCAUCUCGCGGUGCAUCUGCUUCUCACAGACAUACGCCAUCAUUGGAUGUCCUCGGCGAAGCCACUGAGACAGCUAUCCCUGAAUCGGACGAGGAUCUUAUCGAGUCAAUUCAGGAGGCAUCCGACGAAUCUGCCGAGCAAUCUGACCAGGACGCUGAUGUUUCUGGUCAGGAUUUGAUGGUCUUAGAGAAUGUCACCAGUAAGAUGGAGGCACGCCGCUCCGUGGCACUUCUUCAGGAGCCCAUUUCAAGUCCUGCUCAGUCUAAGUUCGUUGCCGACAAGCUUGAGACAGUUACCCAGGAGCUCUUCGACCUUCGUCUACAGCACGAGAACACCAUGGGUGAUUACGAAGUGCUUGAGUCCAAGUAUGAGCAGGUCCUCAAAGUCCUUGCUGAACUCCGCCAGGACAAGCUUGACGAAGCUCGUCACCCGGCAUCCAAUCUCCAAAUCGACAGCCCAUCUCGCCCCGUGUCUUUUUUAGGAAACGGAGGCACUCCCAUAUCGAAGUCUGGAGCACAACACUCAUUCUCGCAGUCACUCUCCUCGGAAUUGUCCUCGGCCGGGGAGCCAUCCACUUUGCGCGAAUCCUCUGAAUGUGGAUCAAAGCAAAUUUCCUCCACGCCUUCGACUCCUGUCGUGCCACCUGUGGACACUGAGGAGUCUGAGAGUAUGCGCAAGAUGUUGGCCGAACACCAGGAGAGCGCCGAGCUGAUGGCUCAAAAGUACACCGAGUUGCAGACCGAGCACGAAGAGAUUCUUGGCCUGGUUGAAAAGCUGAAGGCAGAGGCUCAACGUGCCAAGUCCCAGAAUAUUCUGUCUGGCGUGGACCGUGCCACCCGCGCGCUUACCGGGUUGCGACUGAUUGCUACUGAAGAAUUCGCCGAGAAGCCAGACGCUAUGCACAACUUCGAUUACCAUUUGGAUGCGACGAUGCACGAACUGCAGAGCCGUAUGGAGCGCCUCCAGUCCCUUGAAUCUGAGAACCAGAGUGUUAAAAAGGAAAUGGAAAUGAAGAUGACUAUUAUCUCUGGUCUUACCAGAGAACGAUCUAGUUUGCAGGGCGCCUCACCUGUCGAUAUGGCCCUGGUUUCCCAAUUGCGUGACCAGGUCAUAUCUCAGGAGAUGCAAAUCAAUCAGCUCCGCGAUGCACAUGAAUCCCGAGAGAAGAAGCUGCUUGGAGAGAUUGAGACCUUGAACGGUCUUCUCAAGUCCCAGGAGAGCGCCACUCGCGCCAUGGAUGCCGGUGCCGAUGAGCAAGAUAAGAAGAUCGGUGCCCUUGAAGGCGAGCUCUCCGAGUGGAAGGGUAAGCAUCAGAGUGCGCUGGAGUCUUUGCAAUCGUCAGAGACACAGCUUACUGGCACUCUUGCCGAGCUUGAGGCGGCUUUGGCUUCCGUGGAAGCGAUGCGUGCUGAGCGUGCUGAGGGCAAUGAGCUCACUGAUAAGGACGUCACUGCUCAGGAGCUUGAGGGUGAUCGUGCCCAGCAGCAGGAUCUUGUUGACGGGCUCAAGAAGAACAUUGAAGAGCACAAAUCCACCAUCGCUAGUCAGCUUGCCGCAAUUGCGGGUCUGGAGAAGUCACACUCCGAUGCGCAGGAGAAACUGGCCGCGCAAAUCACCACCGAUGAGGAGAUCACUGCCGGCACUGUCGACUUGAAUCUCACCGCUCGGAUGGCCGAGCUUGAGAAGGAGAUCUCCACACACAAAUCUGCUGUUGAUUCUCAUCAGAGCGAGCUUGAGACCCUCACCGGUUCUCACAAGCGUGAAUUGGCUGAGCUUGAGGAGCGGACUAAGGCUGCUCUCCAAGCUGAGUACGAUGCACGCCUCGUUGAGAAGGAUGCCGAGCAUGACAAUUCCAUGGCUGCCUUGCAGAAAGAAAUUGCCGACUCUCGUGAUGAGUUGGUCAAGCUGCUCAAGGCUGUUUCAACCCUUCUCAACUCUGACGUUUCCGCCGAGUCGUUGACUGAUCAAAUUCAAGAUGUAUUGUCCCAGAAGCAGCACUUCUCCGACAAAUAUGCCGAGCUUAUGGGUACCAAUGACGACCUUCGCAAGCGACUCGAAGCUCACGGUGAAUCAGAAAGCCGGUUGGAUGAAAUGACAAAGAAGCACACCGCCCAAGACGCUAAGGUCAACGAGCUGGCUCUCUUGGUCGCAACUUUGGAGGAUACUCUUCGUCAGAAGGACGAGCAGGUCAAGAAGAAGGAAGCUCUGGUUGAAGAGAUCACGAUUGAGAAGCAAAAAAGUGUGCGUCUUGUUGAGGAGCUCGAGGAGCAGAUCACCAACAGCUUCGAUCAACACCACAACCGUCUUUCUGUCAUUCAACAGGAGCGUGAUCAGGCCCUGGAGGAUGCCAAGGCCAAGAUCGUUAUCUAUGAGGGAGACAUUGAAACUUACCAGGUCCGGAUUGAACAACUGGAGCUCCAAAUCAAGAACACCGGAAACACUGAGAGUUCGCACGAUCGCAGCAGCUCCCUCACUUCUAACCUCCGCAAGAGCUCAUCGGCUGCUUCCCUUCCCUCGCCCCCACCGGCUAUUCCUCUUCCACCCCUGCCUACCAUCGCUCAGACGAAUGGCUCAUCCAGUGUGUCCCCUCCCAGCUCUCGGCACGCUAGCAAGGAGUUGGUGAAUGCCCAGAUGGUCGAGGACCAGGAAGCCCGUAUCCGAACCAUCGAGAAGCACCUGUACGCCGAAAAGCAACUGACCGCCACCCUGGAAGAAGCUCUCGGCGACCUUGAAGCCCAGAGCAGCAAGGUCAAGAGCGACUGCGAGGCUUGGAAAAAGAAGGCCUGGGGCUUCGAAGACGAGCUCACCUCUCUUCGCAAGGAGCGCAGCUCCGCUCGCCUGUCUCUUCAAGCUGUCGAGGAGGAGCGCAGUGCCCGUCGCGAAGCAGAGGCUGCCCGUGCCCAGCUCGAAGAGCGCAUGGCUGCCCUCAACAAGAAAAAGAAGAAGAGCACCCUCAACUGCUUCUAG